AUGGCCGCUGCGCUGGAGGUGGACGCUACGGUGGCGGCGAGCUCGGCGCCCGGGCCCCGGGAGGCCGGGCCUGCAGGCGAGAUGCAAAACAUGACAGAAACAGAUGCCUUCUGCACGAGUGAAAUGUUCGAUCCAGGAGUAAUGUACAAAAUGAACCACAAGAGGAGAGGACUUGCUUUAAUCUUCAACCACGAGAGGUUCCUCUGGCACCUAGGGAUGGCGGACAGGCGAGGCACCAACGCAGACAGAGACAAUCUCACGCGCAGGCUUUCAGAACUAGGAUUUGAAGUGAAAUGCUUUAACAACCUUAAAGCAGGAGACCUACUGCUUGAGAUCCAUGAGGCAUCAACCUCUUGCCAUGUAGAUGCCGAUUGCUUUGUAUGCGUUUUCCUGAGUCAUGGCGAAGGCAACCACAUCUACGCAUAUGAUGCCAAAAUUGAAAUUCAAUCACUGACUGGCUUGUUCAAAGGAGACAAGUGUAAGGGCCUGGUUGGAAAACCCAAGAUAUUUAUCAUUCAGGCAUGUCGGGGAAACAAGCACGAUGUGCCAGUCAUGCCUUUGGACGAGGUGGACAAUCCGGACUGGCCCGAUGGCGAUGUCACCGAGGUGGACGCAGCCUCCGUGUACACCCUGCCUGCUGGCGCGGACUUCCUCAUGUGCUACUCUGUUGCAGAAGGUUAUUAUUCUCAUCGGGAAACUGUGAAUGGCUCCUGGUACAUUCAAGAUUUGUGUGAGAUGCUGAAAAGAUUCGGCUCCUCCUUAGAAUUCACAGAACUCCUCACACUGGUGAACAGGAAAGUUUCUCAGCGCCGAGUGGACUUCUGCGUAGACAAAACUGCAAUUGGAAAGAAGCAGGUCCCCUGCUUUGCCUCCAUGCUAACUAAAAAGCUGCAUUUCUUCCCAAAAUCUAAAUAA